AUGGCCCUCCACCUGCUCACUCCUCCCCGCCUCCACCACCCCUCCUCCUCCUCCUCUCCCCUCCCGCGCCGCCGCUCCACCCCGGCCACCGCCUCCGCCUCGCUCGCGCAUCCCCUCCACCGCCUCCGCCUCACUCCCGCCCCCCGCCCCGUCCCCCGCCGCGCCAUGCCGUCCGCCAUCCGCAGCUCCCUCAUCGACCCGGACGGCGGCGCGCUCGUCGACCUCGUGGCCCCGCCCGACCGCCGCGCGGCGCUGCGGGCCGAGGCGGAGGCGCUCCCGCGGCUGCGCCUCGCGCCCGUCGACGUCGAGUGGGCGCACGUGCUCGCCGAGGGCUGGGCGUCCCCGCUGCGCGGCUUCAUGCGCGAGCGCGAGUACCUCCAGUGCAUCCACUUCAACUCCCUCCGCCUCCCCUCGGGGGCCGCCGUCAACAUGUCGCUCCCCAUCGUGCUCGCCGUCGACGACGCCGACAAGGCCCGCAUCGGGGCCGUCCCCGACGUCGCGCUCGCGGGGCCCGACGGCGAGCUCAUCGCCGUCCUCCGCAGCGUAGAGAUAUACCCUCACAAUAAAGAAGAAAGAAUUGCAAGAACAUGGGGGACAACUGCGCCUGGUUUACCUUAUGUUGAUGAGGCGAUAACACCAGCUGGGAACUGGCUGAUUGGUGGUGAUCUGGAAGUGCUGCAACCCAUCAAAUACAACGAUGGUCUCGAUCAUUACAGGCUUUCGCCCCAGCAACUCAGGGAUGAAUUCGACAAGCGCGGGGCUGAUGCUGUGUUUGCAUUCCAGUUGAGAAAUCCAGUCCAUAAUGGGCAUGCACUGUUGAUGAAUGACACUAGAAGACGUCUCUUGGAGAUGGGUUUCAAGAAACCCAUCCUACUACUACACCCUUUGGGUGGUUUUACAAAGGCUGAUGAUGUCCCACUUCCUGUUAGAAUGGAACAGCACAGCAAGGUCUUAGAAGAUGGAGUACUUGACCCUGAGACUACUGUAGUGUCCAUAUUUCCCUCUCCGAUGCAUUAUGCUGGCCCAACAGAAGUGCAGUGGCACGCAAAGGCAAGAAUUAAUGCCGGUGCUAAUUUCUACAUAGUGGGACGUGAUCCAGCUGGAAUGGGCCAUCCAACAGAGAAGAGAGAUCUGUACAACCCAGACCAUGGGAAGAAGGUCCUAAGCAUGGCUCCUGGUUUGGAGAAACUCAACAUACUGCCCUUCAAGGUAGCAGCGUACGAUACAGUGGCCAAGAAGAUGGCUUUCUUUGAACCUUCACGUAGUCAAGAUUUUCUGUUCAUCUCUGGAACCAAGAUGCGCACUUUCGCCAAAACUGGAGAGAACCCUCCUGAUGGUUUCAUGUGCCCUAGUGGGUGGAAAGUCCUUGUUGACUACUACAACAGCUUGCAAACUGAAGAAGCUGCUACCACAGCUGCCGCUCCUGCUACUGUAUGAGACAAGCUUCCGUUGCCAUGUGGCUAUGAGGUUACUAUUCAGCGGCCAGCAUUCAUGAGUCCGUGGUAGUUCCGGAUCGUUUUUUCCCUUUCACUUCUCUGAGCUUUUUUCGUAGGUUUUUAGCUGAUUGAUGUUUUCAAAUCUUCCAGUUGUUCGAUUUUUUUCUUCCAAUAGAAGAGAGAUUUUGAAAGCUUGGCAGAAUGGCAGUUGACGCUGAAACUCUGAAGAGUUGACAGGUUACUGUAACCGCACAAAUGUUAUCGUCAUGUAACUCUAACAGUUCACCUAGCCAAUAAAAAUGUUUAUUACAA